AUGCAAAAAAGAGAUCCCAACCACUUUAAUGUGAAGCUUCCUUCCUUUGACGAGCUGACAAAAACCUUCCCAAAACAGGACCCUCCCGGGCCGCCUGAGGCGCCCGGUACUUUCCACCGCCGCCUGCCGAGCCUGCAAACAGACUUCUAUCCCUCGUUUCAACAGAUGCAUUUGAGAAGCGGUUCUGACGUGGGAUACCUGGCGCAAGGUACGUCUGCCGCGAAUUUCGCCGUGCCUCCGCCGGCCAGCACGACGAGCUCUCUCGAGCCGAGCCCGCUGGGUCCGCCUGGCCCGCCGUCGGCGGUGAGUUACUCCAACCCUCCAUCAGCAGAAUAUAUUGUUCCUGAGCAGUUUCGGUUCCCGGCGGUAGACCCUAACCAGGAAUUCGCCGACAGGCUCCGCGGCGCGCAGCAGAACAUGAACGAGCUCAACCAGUUUAUGCAUCCACUCACACAGGCCACGACGCUGAACCAGCUGCCGCCCCUCUCUGAGCUGGAAAUCGACAGGGCCAUCAGAAACACCGACCAAAUGCGUAUUUUUCUCCAGUACAUACGCGGCCAACGCUCUCGAAAAUUCGCCGUGCGCAGCGAGCCGGAAAGCAUUCAUCGCACAACAGCCUAUCAAGACACAGCCAAGACCAAAGUUCAAGCACACCGCCCGACCAAGUCAGAGCCGUCCAUCAUGGGUGAGUCAGCGCUGCUAAGAGUGCAUCCUCCCAAGCCGCUUAUUGUCUCCGAAACUGAUACUGACCAGAUGCCUAAGUUUGUUCCGCAGGGAACUUUGCAACAGGAGCUGAGUGUGAAGCCGCGCACGAGGUGUCUUCACUGUGGAUCGAUCAAUACGCCAGAGUGGCGCAAGGGUCCUAACGGGACGCGGACCCUGUGCAACGCGUGCGGGCUAUUCCACUCGAAAUUGGUAAAAAAGCGGGGGCUUCAGGAGGCAGAAAUUAUCAUGAAGCGGCGCCGCGAGACAGGCAAGUCGACAGACCGCAGAAUCAACGAAUAA